UACUAUAGAUGGCUCAUGCCCUCCACUGAGCAUACAAGUAUAUUACCAACACCAGCCAACCAGCCACUAUACAUAUACAUAUAAUAUAUCUACAUUUCACUAAAAGGGUAAAAUAAUUUGGUUAAAAUGAGUGUUUUUUUGGUGUUUUUUAUGCUGUGUUCUUUGAUGGUGGUACAUGAAGCUUCAUUAUUAGCUGAACAUGACAAGAUUUUGAAGUUACCUGGACAACCACCAGUUGGAUUUCAACAGUUUGCCGGUUAUGUUACUUUAGAUGCCAAGAAACAAAGAGCACUUUUUUACUAUUUUGUUGAAGCUGAAGUUGAUCCAGCCUCAAAGCCAUUAGUUCUUUGGUUAAAUGGAGGGCCUGGAUGUUCAUCACUUGGUGUUGGAGCAUUUUCUGAAAAUGGACCUUUUAGGCCUAAUGGUCAGGGUCUGGUAAGAAAUGAGUAUAGUUGGAACACAGAGGCAAACAUGUUGUAUUUGGAGACCCCAGUGGGAGUUGGAUUCUCUUAUGAUUCAUCAAAUUCCUCUGCUAAUGAAGUUGUCACUGAUGCAAUAACAGCCAGGGACAAUCUUGUGUUCUUGCACAAAUGGUUUUUGAAAUUCCCUCAAUAUCAGCAGAGGGAUCUAUUCAUAACAGGAGAAAGUUAUGCAGGUCACUAUAUACCACAACUAGCAGAACUCAUGGUUCAAUUCAACAAAAAGCACAACAUUUUCAACUUAAAAGGAAUUGCUCUAGGAAAUCCAGUUUUGGAGUAUGCAACUGAUUUAAAUUCAAGAGCCGAAUACUUUUGGUCUCAUGGGCUUAUAUCGGAUUCAACAUACAAUUUGUUCACAUCUGCAUGUAAUUAUUCACGCUAUGUGAGCGAAUACUAUAGAGAUUCGGUUUCACCAAUAUGUUCAAAAGUUUAUAGUCAAGUAAGCAGAGAAACCAGUAGAUUUGUGGACAAAUACGACGUUACUCUAGACGUUUGUAUUCCCUCUGUUCUCUCCCAAUCCAUGGUCAUUACUCCUCAGCAAGUAACCGAGAGGGUUGACGUUUGUGUAGAGGACGAAACAGUUAACUAUCUUAACCGGCGUGAUGUCCGUAGAGCCCUACAUGCACGCUUGGUUGGAGUUCGAAAAUGGGAUGUUUGUAGCAACAUCCUGGAUUAUGAGCUGCUCAACAUCGAGAUCCCCACAAUCAACAUUGUGGGAUCACUCAUCAACGAAGGAAUUCGAGUUCUUGUUUAUAGUGGGGACCAAGAUUCUGUAAUUCCUUUGAUGGGAAGCCGGUCAUUAGUCCAUCGCCUUGCUACCGAACUAGGACUCAAGAUUACCAUCCCAUAUCGGGUUUGGUUUGAGGGUCAACAGGUUGGAGGGUGGACACAAGUGUAUGGGAAUAUAUUCUCGUUUGCAACUAUACGAGGUGCGUCCCAUGAAGCCCCAUUUUCGCAGCCAGAGAGAUCCUUGGUGCUGUUUCGGUCCUUUCUAAAAGGAAAUCCGUUACCAGAAACGUUUUGAUGGAUGAAAAUACAAAAAAAAAAAAAAAAAAAAAAAAAAGGAAAAAAAAAGUAAAAUUAUAAUUUGGUUUGGCAUUGUAAGUAAAUUUUGUCAUGAUAGUGGUAAUUUGUAAGUGAGCUUGGCCCUUUUUUUCUUUGCAUGUUUUGACUUGAAAAUGUUAGUCGUGGAACAUUUGCAAGAUUUGGCUUUAAGUACUAG